CACAAACCACGUAACUAACUCCUCGAUUUGGCUGCGCUGCUUGGCCGCGACAAAACCCGCACGGGCACACCACCGCACAUGUGUUGUGUGUUUUGCGCAAGACCGCCGGACCAGAGACCGUCCGCCCCGCCCGCCGGUCACGCACGCCGUCUCGCGCCACCCAGCCGUCCGUCGGCUGGUCCGCUGACUCUUCGCCCCCCGCGUGUCCUGUCUGUGGUGGCGCGGCGCGGGACGGAAGCACGCAGCAGCAGCAGGUCAGGUGGUGGUGGGGAUGCCGGCCGCGGCGCGGUCGUGGACGUGGACCUGCGGGUGCUGCGCGGGCAGGAGGCGGACCAGCGGCGGCGCUGCGGGCGACACGGCCGGCGCGUCGGGGCGCGCCGCCGAGGAGGGGGACGAGUGGAGCCUCUUCAUCGACCUGCCCGUCCUCGAGGCCGCCACCGGCGGCUUCUCCGACGACAACCUCCUCGGCCGCGGCGGCUUCGGCCCCGUCUACAAGGGGGUGAUGGAGAAUGGGCAGCAGAUCGCUGUGAAGAGGCUGUCUCUGGGGUCACGGCAAGGCGUGCGCGAGUUCCUGAACGAGGUCCGGCUCCUGCUCAAGGUGCAGCACCGGAACCUGGUGUCCCUGCUUGGCUGCUGUGCUUCCUCCGGCCACAAGAUGCUCGUCUAUCCCUACUUCCCCAAUAGCAGCCUCGACCACACUCUCUUCGACAGGAAUAAGUGUGCGGCGCUAGAUUGGCCAAAACGGUACCAUAUAAUCGUGGGACUGGCAAGAGGGCUCCUCUACCUGCACGAAGAGUCUCCGGUAAAGAUCAUCCACCGAGACAUCAAGGCGAGCAACGUGCUCCUGGACGACCAGCUGAACCCGAAGAUCUCGGACUUCGGCAUGGCGAGGCUCUUCCUGGAGGACGCCACGCACGUGAACACGUUCAGGAUCUCCGGCACAUAUGGUUACAUGGCUCCAGAGUACGCGAUGAACGGCUACCUGUCCGCCAAGACCGACGUCUUCAGCUUCGGGAUCCUGGUGCUGGAGAUCGUGAGCGGGCGGAAGAACAUCGUCCGGCAUCUGGACGACGAGAAGGUCGACCUGUUGAGCUAUACAUGGAAGCUAUUCGGAGAAGGACGGUCCCUGGAGAUCGUGGACCCGUCGCUGUCCAGCCCCGACAGCGAUCAGGCGCUGCUGUGCAUCCAGCUCGGCCUGCUGUGCUGCCAGGCCGCGGUGUCGGACCGGCCCGACAUGCACAGCGUGCACCUGAUGCUGUCGAGCGACUCGUUCACGCUGCCCAGGCCCGGGAAGCCGGCCGUACACGGCAGGACCGGCCGGUGGACGGCAGCGACGACGACGGCCUCAGGGUCCGCGUCGGCGUCGAGCGCCACCAACACCACCAGCACGUUCGGGUUCGGCACCGACACGAACACGACCAGGGCCUCUGCGCUGCUGGCCAGUGUCGCCGAGGACGAGUCCCGGAACUCCAUCUCCAUAUCCUUCACCACUGAUGGCCGGUAGGCGCAGUGCAGAGUGUAUAAGGGAACGAUACAUGAGUGAGUGAACCAGAGUGAUUUGUGAGGAGGGUAUUGUUUGGUACUCCUAGCUAGCUAGGUAGAUUAGGUUGAUUUUGUAGAAUCCCAGCCAUAUGGCGUACAGUUGGGUUGGGCCGUUGGGGCUUGGUAGAAUGCUGAACUGUUGAUCACUCUGUUUUACUAGUAACAGCGAAACCUAUGGUUUGUCAA